AUGACUUUCAACGCGUCUGUCAACGGUGGCUCCCUCGGCGUUCCGGGCUCUGGCUUCGCUUCCCGUGGAAAAGGUUCGCAUAUAAAACGUCUCAGUGUCCCCCAUCCUUCUAGGUUUGGGACUGGUGAUGAGUCUCAGGCCCUCCCAACACCCCGCACUAGUCGCUCUCAUCUCCUUGCUGGCUUGAGGACUGCCCCGAAACAGCCAUCGACCCCGACCACUGCACCUCUGUUGCAGCAACGGCCGAAUCACUUGGGGCUGGAUACGUCGGCGUAUGGCGCUUCUCAGGCAUCCUACGUUGGAGGAAUCCCCCAUUCCGCGACUGGCACCACAUUCUCCCAUACUAACGGGUCAAACCUCGGCAUGAGUGCCCAGAUGUAUUCCCUUCCGGAACACGUUCUCGCUCCACCAGCUCUGGACCAGAUCUUGCAGUCGGGAGAACCCAUCGACGAGAGCCUGUACAAUGAACUCGUCCAGACUAAUCUGUUCCUGGCGGCACAACAGCAGCGUUUGCAACAACAGCUUGCCACCGUCACUGCCGCGGCUCAGCAGUUUCAAGCGUUGAAUCUUGGAUCGCCUCUUAACUCUCAGCAUGUUUUGACCCCUGGCCUCCCCGGAAUGAGCUUUUACCAGCAGCAGGCCCAGCAUGGUAUGCAGCCCGUCGUCAACCCUGUUCCCGGCAAACCGGGGAUGUUCUCUGUGUACAACCCCAUGACUGGACAACACAGCUACCUCGUGGACAAUAACGCCCAGGAAGAGCCGCAAUCCGCCACUUAUCAAGAGCAUUUCCAAUCACCUGCCCCAUCUGCCCAAGGCUUCCGGAACGACAUCCCAUCCCCCCCUGAACAGAGGCCCUCUCCGGUUCGUACUCAGUCUUCAAACAGCCCAACAAGAGUCCCAUCUCCAACCCGUCAGGCUUCUCCGUUGCAGCAGCACAUUUCGAACAAACGUCUUCACAGAAAGAUUCCUUCUGUGUCGGUAAAGACCGGGCUUGACCUGGGGAGAAACUCGACGCCAAAGCUGGCGAACUUCCCGCCCACUCCGGCAACUGGCACCUUUGGUCCCGGACAGGGGCGCGCUGGAGAGCAUCCGCUUCGCCAACCCCGAGGCCCACCAUCGCUGGAGGAACUCGUCGCGAAACCCACCGCCAAGCAUGAAGGUAGCAAGAACUUUGUUACCCGCCAGCGUCGUCGCGCCGUCCACAAUCUCGUUCGCGCCGGAAUGGAACGCCGCAGCGGUAACAGUAGCACCGCUGGAAGCGUCACCCCAUCCAGCGAUGUUGAAUUCAAUUUCUCCCCUUACCCAGGCGACGAAGGGAGUAUGAAUCCCUCCAGCCACUCAAGCGUUGAAAACUUACGGGGAGCAAUCGGGUCGGAAAGAAGAGAAAGAGAGUCGUCCCCUCGCGACUCCGUUGGGAGGCUUUCACCAACUGGUGGCAAGUUUGGUGAGGGCCGCAUGGCUUCUCCAACUGCUGCUGAGAUAGUAGCUCGUCAUCCGCCGGCGGCUACUCAGCUCCCUGAGCGACGCAAGAUGCCGAUGUUUCUGCUCUCGAGUGCAGAGAAGCGCAAGACCCCCCUGAUGUAA